GACAAAUUGAUGACAUUUAUUUUACUUCAAGUACGUCGUUGUUAUAUUCUUAUUGUAAACGUUGUUUAACGCCACGGUUAUAGCAUUAGGGAUGAAGCCACAGAUUCUUCUAGCGCUGCUUCUCGUUGUUGUGCUUGUACACGUGGACGCUAUAUGGUGGAAAGGACAAAAAAAAACCCCAAAAAAUGGAUCAAAUGUAAGAACAACGGCAACAAGCAGAGCCAUUACACCCAGGCCCAAUCAGAGGCUUACCACUAGAAACAAGUACACCAAAAGCUUGGCCACAAACCCCAAACCUACCACAAGAAACUUGGCCACCAAACCCAAACCUACCACAAGAAACUUGGUCAAAAACCCAAAACCUACCACAAGAAACUUGGCCACCAACCCCAAACCUACCACACGUAACUUGGCCACAAACCCCAAACCUACCACAAGAAACUUGGCCACCAAACCCAAACCUACCACAAGAAACUUGGUCACAAACCCCAAACCUACAACAAGAAACUUGGCCACCAAACCCAAACCUACCACAAGAAACUUGGUCACAAACCCCAAACCUACCACAAGAAACUUGGCCACAAACCCCAAACCUACCACAAGAAACUUGGCCACAAACCCCAAACCUACCACACGAAACUUGGCCACCAACCCCAAACCUACCACACGUAACUUGGCCACUACAACUAGGUCUCCCACAAAAAGUCCACCCCAAGUCUUCACCACAACUCGCCCCAAAUGUGUGACGGAGAAAAAGAAAUCAAAGGUACCGCUCGGUUUCCUGCAACAGAUGCAACUGCAAGAAUGUUCCGCCAACCUUGCAGCGUGUCUGCUGAGCCACGGCAUCAACCGUACUAACCACAGCCAAGAGAACGAGACUGUUUACUGCCAGGACAUGUCAAAGGGCAUUGAAUGUGCUGUCCGCGCAUGUCUGGUUAACCCUUACCUCGCUGAGAGUGUUGAAGAACUCAUCAGCAGUGAGAUGAAAAAACAGCAACACCCUUGCAAAAACUUGGAUGAGAAAAUAAAAGAGGAAAUCAACAACAACAUCUGCGAUACCACAGCUGAUACCACAGAUUCUGUUGAAGUAACUCAACCAUCCGAGGCAACACAACCUUCUGUUGAGACACAGCCAUCAAAUACAAUUCUGCCACCAUAGGAAAGCCAAUUAUUUGAAAAGCAUUGAUAAUACAAUUUUGAUGAAAUAGCGUUGUUCCUUUGGUGCAGCAGAAAUAAUAAAUAGUAGAACAA